AUGCUCAUACCAUUACUACGGAGACGAUACAAUUUAAGGAAUUGUAGAUUAUUAUAUUUUUCAUUAUCACUACGACGAAAUUCAUCAAAAUCUUCAACGGCAUUUUUUCAUGAAAAUUCAAUUUGUAAAAUUGAUGAGAUCACCAACAAUGAUUUCAAUUCCAACUUAAGAUUCAAACAUUAUUAUAAUAAUCAAAAUGUUUUCAUAAAUCCCUGUUCCCAUUAUAAUAAACAAAAGGCAAGACCCAAGAAUAAGAAUAAGAAUACUGAACAGUUUAUUACUCCUCCUCAAAACUUUCAAGAUAUUAUCGAUCAAAAUGAAAACAAUAUCCCAGUAGAAGGUUCAAUUGUUGAAAUAGUUCGACCAGAUUUUACACCUAAAGUGGGGUUGGUGGUGAGACAAGCACUUUCAAGGUUUGAUGAAAGAUAUAAUAAAUUAUUAGUAUUGACAAAUGAUAAUGAGUUAUUAGAUGUCCUGGCAUCGAAAGUCAAUUUCCAUUUGUAUCAAAUAAUCUUUCCUGAAUUUAUCAAUUUACAACAGAUUGUGAUGUUUAGACACAAUAAGAAAUGUAAGGAAAGAAUACGAGCUAUUGAGUUUCUUAACAAUUUUAUCAAUGAUGUUUUAGAUCUUAAAAAAACAUUGGAACCAAUGUUUGAUCGAAUAUAUUCACAAGUGUCUACAAACUCAACAAACCAUGUGACAUUAAUCGACAUAAUAGAUGCUAUAAAAUACCAAGAAACUUUGGUAAUAAAAAUUGGUCUGUCAUUCUAUAAUCAAUGCGUUUUAUUAUUUAGUAUUCAUUGGUGUUUAGUUAACUCCCCUAAAUGGAUUGUACCCAAUUAUUUUAUCAACAACAAAUCAACAAAUGUAUUACAAGGACAUUCAAACAAUUUUCACACAAUUACUAAUUAUUUUGUUACCCCAGGUACUAUAUGGGCAUCUAUAUCAAAGUUCAUGCAAUAUAUGGAACAUACAGAAAAAUCCCAUGAGUUGAUAGAAAAAUUUUUCGUUCAACUUAAAAGUAGAAAAGGUGAUGAACUUUGUCAUUUUUUACAAGUUUAUGAUGGUAGACAUUUAGCCUAUAUACUUGAUGUUAUUAAAUUUGCUAUUGUCUAUCCACAUGAUACGAUCAUUAAACAAUUGAAUAAGUUAACUUCUUUUGAAAAUUGUAAAACACCAAAUGAUUUAUAUAAUAAACUUUUGGAUUUGAAUAUUUAUGACAAGUCAACCGAGGUGAUAUUGUCACUGGGGAUCGUGGAUGUGGGGGGUUCAGAUAGAAUAAAUGUAUCAAGUUCUGACCUAAACCAAUUACAAAUGCAUAAACAAUGGAGUGGAGAACACAGUGAUUUAUUUAAACAUUUAAGAACCAAAAAGAAAUAUUAUCGUGAUCACAUAGUUUAUGGAUUACCAAUUGAUGAUAAUGAGAAUUGUUCGAGAUUUGCAGUGUCAUUAGAAACUUUAAAUUCUAGAAAAUAUAUGUUAAAUAUUCAUAUUCCUGAUAUCACCACUGUUUUACCUCCAGGAGAUUUUAUGAUGGAAAAUAUGUUUAAUAAAUUUACUGAAUUAUCAUCUAAAAUGAACAAUUUCAUUAAUGGAUUUCAAUCUAAGUUAUUUUCAAAUAGAUUUGAGGAAUCGAAAAGGUUUCAUAAAUACGAAACUGAAGAUUCAGAAAAUUUAUGGGAUGACGAGUUGUUACAAAACAAUAAUAAAUCACAACGAAAUCCUUCAAAAGUGACAUGUAUGACUAUUUCAUUUGAAUUCAAUUCUUAUGAACCAGAACCUUUCAAAUCUUUUAUUGAUAAAAUAUCAAUAAGUUUUGAUUCAAUCUCAAAUUUAAAUGUUAAAAUUGUUGACAAAGAUCUUUUAGAAAAAUGUUUAUCAGGGAAAUUAGAAACAUCACUAUUCAAAUUAUUAAGACGAAACCAAACCCUGGGAUUGUCUGAUAGACCAUAUUUGAAUAAAGGUGAUAUUCAUAAUUUGAAUUACAUUAAUGGUAUUAUGAAAACAUUUUUUAAAAUGCGAGAACAUUUAGGAGCAGCAGUAAUUAAUCCUCAACAAGAAUUUUUAAUUUCUGACAAUUCAAAAAUAGGUGUCGAUAAGACUCACACUCAUACUCAUAGCAACUUUAUAUUACGUGAAUUACAGAUAUUCACUGGAGCAUUAGUAGCUGAAUAUUGUACUCAACACAGAAUUCCAAUUUUAUUUCACUGUCAAGACAUAGAACCGACAAUGUACGAUCUGGAUAAAGUCAUGGUUACCCAUGACAACAUAAUGAUUCCACCAUAUGAUUCAGAGAAUUAUCAUCACAGUGUCCUUGCCAAAAAUUCAGAUGGAUAUAUAUCUUUGCAAGCAAGUUUUGUAUCAAAGAAUUAUCUUUCUCCAAAUAAUGUUAUUACUAGUCCAAGAAAUAACCUCCCAUUAGGAUUAAAGAAUGGAUACGUCAAUAUUGUGGAUAUCUUCACCAGAAAAGAAGCUAUAAUAAAUCAGUAUCAACUUCUCUUUUAUCAACAAGCUUUAUUUAAUAGAACUUUGAGUAUGGAAAAAGGGUAUUUGAAAACUGUACAGCAAUUUAACCUUUUGAAAUCCUUCGGCUAUCAAUUGCAAGGUCCAUUGAUAGAAUCUAGAUUGAUGUCUUACAUGGAAGCUUGUCAUCAAAGUCAUGAAAUUUCAUUGUUGGUAGAAUCUAUUUUGAGGAAAUAUUCAGCAUUAAAAUGGCUUGAAAACGUUCAAAUUGAUAUUAACGAAGGAAAUGGAUUAAAAGUUUUCCAUUGUAUUGUUACAUUAGUUGGAAUCAAUUAUGAUUUGGGUGUUGUUUGUAAAUGUUUUUGUAUGGAAUUGGGUAUUGAAGUUGAUGUAUUGACCGAAAAUACUGACAUACAUAUUGGUAACAAAUUAGUUUGUGAUAAAGUUUUGCAAGUAAAUGCAGUUGAUAGGACAUGUUUACUUAGAGAUGAGAAUUACGGAUCCACUUGGUAUUUAUAG